AUGUCUAACCGAAGACUAUCUGUGCUUUCCCCCCUGCUGUUUCUUUGUUUCUUCAGAGAGGGUGUCUGCAUUUGUGAUGGGACCACCUGGACCAAGGUCGGAUGGGAGAUUUUUCCUGACGAAGUGCUCUACCUGAAAGUUAAGGCUUCCUCAUCCCACUGUCUACCUUACCCUCUGGACAAACUCUGUUGCAACUUUGCUAACCUGGACCUCGUCCAGAGUUCUUUACGCCUCUUGUACAUCUUAGCCCAAGCUCUCUUCUUAAUCCUGUUCGUUUUAUCUGUGCAUUACCUAUGGAUGAAAUGGACGAAACACCAAAGAAAGCUGAAAAAGCAAGCCUCUUUAGAGAAACAUGGCAGUGACCUAGAGAGCGCAUCCAUCUAUGACAUUGAACAGAUCCUCCGCAGACUGCUGGCCACAACAUCAAUGAUGACCAAGUUCCUGAAGCAGGUGUCCCAACAUUCUUCCUUUAAGAAAGUUAAGCAGCCCCAUAGAGUAAAGAGGAAGAAGAGUGAAGGGGGACAGGAGUCAAAGCAUACUAAACCUAUGCUCAUGCACUGUAGCUCAGUCAAGUUCAGAAGAGUACAAAAGAAAUCUAUUUCCAGGACUAUCUGA